AUGACAGGCCCUAGCUACUCAGUAGAGCAGCUGAAGGCUCUACAAACAUCGCCGCUUGUCAAGAAGCCCGAUGGCCUGCCGUCAAUCCUGCAAUGGAUGGACGUGCCCACAGACCAGACCAACAUGACGCACGCCGCCAACAACAACAAUGGCACUGCUCGGCGAACCCGACCUCUACGAGAUGGCGAAGGCGGCGCGGCCAACGAGCCUCGCACGGAUCGUCCCAUCAUCAACCCAAUGGGGCAGUUCGGCAGACGUCAGAGCAUGCGUAAGUCAGAAGCUCAGGGCGUCGUCGCCGCUAUUAACGCGCUUUUUGCAGAACCGGGCGACGACACAGUGCUUGGUCCGCCGAAGCUGUCCUUCACCUCCGCAUCUCGAGGGGCCAAGGCGGUGGGCGAAGCAAAGGAGCGCACGGGAGUCACCUCGGUAGACGGCGAUCAGCUUGGCGACCGCUUCCCGCGUGACAAGACCAACGAGCGAUGGACGCGCGACCGCGAGGGUGACCGGGCCCGCGACAAGACCUUUGCCAAUGGACGGCGUGGCAUCGCACGGGAAGAUGGCGAAGGAUGGACAAACGUCAAGGGCCGCAAGAGCGUUGGUCAGGAAGACUUUGAGCGAUUCGGCCGCAACGGCGACCGCAAUAAAGAGAAGGCUGAGGGCGAGCUGGAGAAUGACGGCUCUCUGCGACGGGGCAAUCGCGAGCGGACAGAGCAGCGCUGGGGUCGUCGUGAAGAUGCCAAGGAAGAGGCGAAUAAGCCUGCUGUCCAAGGUGGCUGGCGCGACCGCGAUCGAGAGCGAGAACGAGAGCGUGGCGGAGAGCGCGAAUGGAACAGGGGCGCCAACAAGGCCGAGGAGGAUCCAGAGUGGAUGGACACUAAGGUGGAAAAGAAAGAGUCUAAGCCUCGCACCCAGGACGACUUCCAGCGCUGGAAAGAGCAGAUGAGGGCCAAGGACACCCCAGCCGAGGCAAGGGAUGAGCCUAGAGAUAUGCCUACGGAGAAACCGACCUCGAUUGCCAUCACCGCGCCUCCCAUGCUGACUGCGCCGCUGCACACCCCCUCAACCGAACCCACUCAGGGUGUCCUCUUCGGCAACUGGAGCAGGGACAAAGGUGUAGAUCUAGCCAGUCCAGAGGCCGUUACGCCAAAGCCAAAGCCAGCCCAGAAAUCCAGAUUCAUGACCAUGUUCGCGAAGCCAGAGGAACCAGCAGCGCCGAGUCAACCUCAGGCACCUCUUCCUGUCCCGUCUGCACCUAUGCCAGAACCCAACGCAGACAGGGAGGGCUUUCAACGUAUUCUUCAGAUGCUUGGCCAGGUCAACGUAUCUGGUUCUCCAGCUCCCCCGCCAGGCCUCCCCACUCCUGCCAACGGAAAUAGACACAGUGGUGGUAUCUCACUCGAUUUCCAUCAGCAGGCACCGCUUCCAGAGCCACAGAACACUAGGGCGCCACCACCACGAAACCAGGAGCACCAGAGUAUUUUGGAUAGUAUUCUAGCUCAACGUCCGUCUGAACCCGAAUCUCGGCAGCCACAACAAGGGAGGUUCAGUAGCAUGUCUCCAGACAAUGCGCUACACGAACAGUUCAGAAUCCCAAGACCCGACUCGAAUCGUCCGGAAGACCACUUUGCUGUUCAGCAACCACCUUCGAGGGCAAACAACCCGCAAGAUGCGAACCUCGCCGCCAUCCUAAACAGUCGUGCACGGGAAGAGUCGCAGCGUGACCAAGAGGUGAAACGACGCGAACGCGACUUCCUGCUCACACUGAUGCAGCAACCCUCACGUGCUACUCCACCUCAGCUGCUACAUCAAAAUCUUCCCCGCCAUACGCCGGAGCCCCAGAACAUGCCAUUUUUCGACCAGAUGGGCCAGCGACCUCAAGGCCAGCCUAAGGGCCGCGGUGGUCUCCCACCAGGCUUUAUGGAAGACCCCCGUAUGUUCAACGAGAACGAGAUGAUGCGCCGCGAAGCUGAGCGACGAGAGCAAGAACUCCGUCAGCAGCUCAGCAUGCAACAGCAACAGCAGCAACAGGAAGUCAUGCGUGCGAAGAACUCCCGUAUGUCUAUAGGAUUCUCGGGCCACGACGAAUCGAUCAUGGGUAUUCAACGCCGUACUACGGGCGGUGAUCCUCGUCCUAUGACAAACAUGGGCAUCCCAUCUCAGCCUGUGCCAGAUAUGUCAUACAUGGGAGGACGCGGCCAGCCGGGAAUGCCACCAACACCACAAGAGCGACCCAACAUCGCCCCACCACCAGGCUUCGGAGGCCCCAUGCGCCAGCCACCUGGUCUUGGAGGCCUGAACCAACAACCGCAAAUGGGCCCUGGAGGACCAGUCUUCUCGUCAGGAAACACACCGCUUGGCCAUCCUCCUGGUUUCCCGCCGCCCGGUAACAUGCGUGGAAUGGGUUUCCCUGUAGGACCUGGAGGAAAUGGCAUGCAGGGACCGCCUCAAGGACCGCCACAGGGAUACUUCCCACCCCCUGGCUAUGGAACAGGCCCGCCCAUGUCUGGCAUGUUACGAGGUGAAGACCCAAGGAUGAUGUUCGAUGGUCAAUUCGGCGGGCCAGGCCCACGACAACAGCCAGGUCGACCAGGACCACCACCACCCAACAUGUACUAA